AUGCGGUUUACUAGCGCAUCCGUAACCCUAUUUCCAGCUUGGCCAAGUCCAGCGGCACCUCUCUGCGCUGUUGCGUACACUACGCAUGUCUUUGGGACCUGUGGUGACAUAAUAUCGAAGGACCUUGCCGACUCGGGACUCGACACGGUCUGGUCAUCAAUUAAAGAGGCUUUCAAAUACAGCAACGGCGACUAUCGAAGCCUGGAAGACCUUUUUCGUCAGAAACUCGCCGAAGGAAAUCUUACUCAGGAUGACCUCAAGUGGUUUUGGCUUGAGGAAUGCCUCGAUGGCGAGAAUAUCUACGUUAUGGAGAACCAUCACAACAUUCUCAAGGGUGUUGCGGCGAAACCCCUUGCACAGGCUGGAAUUCAUCUAUCCGCUGUGGUCGAAAGCAUUGAUAGUACAUCAAGCGAAUCUCAAGACACUAAAGUCGUAGUCAAAACAUCAGAUGACGUCUUUGAGUUUGACGAGGUGGUGGUGGCAGUUCCUUUGGGCUGUCUAGAGACUAGGAAACCGUCCUUCAUUCGACCCUUGCCAAAAUGCGUUCAGAUGGCAAUCGAGAAUGCCUCCUAUAGCAGUCUGGAGAAGGUCUAUCUCACCUUUCCUGUCGCAUUCUGGGAUGGAAAUGCAGCAACAAAUAGUGUUCAGCAACCGCAUAGCACGCCGUACCUCGAAGAAAGCCAGGUAAACCAGGAAGCAGACGGCAGUUUUCCCAGCUUUGUCCACUUCCUAAACCCAGAGUACGUUCUCACCGAUCAGAAACACUGGCCCAUCGAGAUGGUUCCUUUGUCCUCGCCAGCAGUAUUCGGAUCUUAUGCCAUGCCGACCCUCCUGAUAUACACGUACGACCCGUGUGCGGAGCAUGGUCUUGCUCCCGACAGCGCCGAAUACUUCGACGUCCUCGACCGAUUCAUUCAGCCUUACUACAGCCGGCUUCCAAAUUAUCAAGCUGAUCAUGUGAACUGUACGCCCUCGGCAAUUCUCGCCACGAAUUGGCACGACCAACAGAUUCAUUCAGAUCUCGACGUCCAAGCCAUGAGGGCUGGACUACCUGAUCGAGGCAUCUGGUUUGUCGGCGAGCACAUCGCCCCUUUUGUUGCCUUGGGUAUCACGGCUGGCGCGUACUGGAGUGGCGAAGCGGCCGCUCUACGUGUCCUGGCUGCGAAUGGGCUCGCAACAAGAUUUACUGCACCUUGUCAUGAGGCAGCUUCUUGA